AUGGGUUCUGAAAAUGAGUGCGGUAAAUUAGGGCUCUUGUGGAGAAAAACAAAGCCAUAUCUAUUAAUGAUUGGCUUGCAAUUUGGUAUGGCAGGAAAUUACAUCUUCGGCAAAGACGUGCUUAAUCAUGGCAUGAGUCGUUUUGUGUUCAUUUUCUAUCGCAAUGCCAUGGCUACAGUUGUGCUUGCUCCCUUUGCAUUAAUCAUUGAAAGGAAACGUAGGCCCAAAAUGACACUCCCAGUUUUUCUGCAAAUAAUGAUCUUGGGACUUCUUGAGCCAGUUCUCAACCAGAGCUUCGCAUAUUUGGGAAUGAAGUACACUUCUGCUUCAUUCACAUCUGCUAUUACCAAUGCAGCACCCUCCAUCACCUUUGUACUUGCACUUCUUACAGGGUUGGAGCGUGUAAAAAUAAGAGAAGUAAGGAGUCAAGCAAAAGUGAUUGGAACGUUAGUAACAUUUGGAGGCGCCGUUGUAAUGGCACUUUACAAGGGUCCUGGAUUCAACAUUUUUCAUUCUGCAGCAGCAACAAUUCAGAACAAUGGAGAUGCAGGACUCGCUUCACACAAACAUCAAACUGUUGGAGCUCUUUACAUUCUCAUCGGUUGUGUGGCGUUGUCUUCUUUCUACAUAUUGCAGAGCAUAACGGUAGCGAAGUAUAGAGCAGAGUUAUCAUUGGCCACAUGGAUAUGCAUGGCAGGAACACUGCAAACUACAAUAGUCGCACUUGUAGCAGAGCGUCACUCUGGUUCUAAGGCUUGGGCCAUUGGUUGGGACAUGAGGCUCUUUGCUCCUCUUUACACGGGAGUGGUUAGUUCAGGAAUUGCAUACUACAUACAAGGAUUGGUUAUGAAAAUGAGAGGUCCAGUGUUCACAACCGCUUUCAAUCCUCUUUGCAUGGUGAUUGUUGCUGCUUUGGGUUCCUUCUUCUUACGAGAACGAGUCUAUCUUGGAAGUAUUAUUGGAAGCAUCAUCAUCACAUUAGGACUUUACUCAGUUGUGUGGGGCAAAGCUAAGGAUCACAAACACCAAGAAGCUGAUGAGGACACAAAUAACUCAUUGCCAAUUACAACUACUCCUGCUGCAAAUGAUGAUUCUUCAACCACUAAUAAACCAUCAAGUUAGCACAAAUUAGACGCGUCAUAAUCGUCUAUUGUUCUUGAUUCCAUGCCGAUCAGCUACAAUGUGAUA